GGCCAAUGCCGCGCCGCAGCACGCGUCGCCAGCCGCCCGCUCGACCAGAGGAGAUCAGCUCAGUGGAUCAGAGUUGAAUUCAGUGUUGAUGGUCACAAGAGGCUCCAUUACGCCAUCUCCUGAUUUAAAGCAUCUUUCCGGAACCGCAGCUCCUCAAGUGCUCCUGGAUCGUUGAGGGGGCGACCAUGGCCAAGCCGUACGAGAGAGCCGGCUCUCGGGACGAGGACGUCAGCCCGUUGCAGUGGACCGACGGGGACAUGAGCUCCCCCGACACGGAGGGCCCCGACACCGAGGGCCCCGCCACGCCCCACAUCUACAGGUUGGGGGCCCCGGAGCCCCGGGGGGGUGGCAGCCAGGUGGGCAGCGAGGACAUCGAGGAUGACGACGACGACGACGACGACGACGAUGACGAGGACGAGGACGGGGCAGACGACGACGAAGAGGGCCCCAAGAGACGGGGGCCCAAGAGGAAGCGCAUGACCAAGGGCCGGCAGGAGCGUUUCCGCGCGCGGCGCGUGAAGGCUAACGCCCGCGAGCGCUCGCGCAUGCACGGGCUGAACGACGCGCUGGAGGGCCUGCGCGGCAUCAUGCCCUGCCACUCCAAGACCCAGAAGCUGUCCAAGAUCGAGACGCUGCGGCUCGCCCGCAACUACAUCUGCGCCCUGAGCGAGGCCCUGGAGGGGGGCCAGUCCCUGGAGAGCCGGGCCUUCCUGGAGACCCUCUGCAAGGGCCUCUCCCAGCCCACCAGCAACCUGGUGGCCGGCUGCCUGCAGCUGGGGCCCGGGGCCGGCGAGCAGACCCAGGACCGGACCGGGUGCCCUCGGGGGCCGCCGGCGAUGGGCGGGUUGGGGUACUCGGGCUCCCCGGGCCUGCCCAGCCCCCCCUACGGCAGCCUGGACUCCGCCCACCUGCAGCACAUGCGGGCCCUGAAGGGGGCGGGGCCCGAGCAGCAGAACGACUACGGGGCGGCGGGUCUGGGGACCCCCCCCUACGACGGGCCCCCCACGCCGCCCCUCAGCAUCGGCAGCAACCUGGUGGCCAAGCAGGAGAGCUCGCCGCACUACGGGCCCCCCCAGCACUACUCGCCGGCCCUAUACCCCACGGCCGGCUACGAGGUGCACCUGGACGCGACCUACGACCCCUACCACCCGGCCCACAUGACCCCCACGCAGAUGAUCUACCGCCACUAGGGGGCGGGCGGACUUUGAGGAGCUGCGCGUUCUGCGGGCGCCGCAGCAGAGACAGGACGUUGUGAAGAGCUGCGACCAUGACUCUGACGCUGUUUCACCUUAAGACCAAAUAAGUCAUGUCCUGUUUUGGGCCUGGCUGGAGGCGAUGCUGCUCUGACCUCUGACCUCUGAGGCUCUGGGCUGAUGGACGUCUUCCGGUUUGCAUGACUUUGCAUCGAGCACUUGGGACACAGUUGUGGUAACGUGGAGCAGUGAGAAAAAUUCCUUAUUUAUGUCCUGAUCUGAUAUUUAUGAGGCUCUGAUUGUGUGUGUGUGUGUGUGUGUGUGUGUGUGUGUGUGUGUGUGUGUGUGUGUGUGUGUGCGUCUUUUCUAGAUGUAUUAAUAGUUGUGUCAUGCUGUGUUCUCCAUGUGGCCUGACGUAUACUGAUAGUAUAUUCUCUACGUUGUUGUUUUUUCAUGUUUUGCACUUAAAAUAACCUAAAGUCGAUGUUUUAGCGCAUUCACAACCCUUUGUAGCGAGGUUUCACCAGAGGGGACUUCUCAAGGAAAUACCAAACAGUUCUCAGGUGAAACUGGCUCAUUAUGUCAUUAAAACAAGAUCCACUAACGAUGCAACACCCAUUUUCAUUGGCUGUGUCGUUCUAUGUUCUGUAUGUCUAAUUUAUUCUCCCGAUGAUCUGAAAUAAACAACCUCAUAACUUAA